CGCUCCUCACACAGUAAGCUCAGUUUGAAGAUCUCCACCGUCACACAAACAACAUGCGCUCUCUUCAGCCUUUCCUCUAUCUGGUUAUUUUCUGGACAGUAGGAGCGGAAGCGUCAGACCCUAACUUACCCUUCAUGGAGUACCUAGACCAGAACGAGUUGGUCUGCUUGAAGUGGGGCUUUGAUAGCCUGCAAGGGGACAUAACAUUCAAACUGGUGGUCAACACUACAGGCUGGGUGGGCUUUGGUUUAAGCCCGAAUGGAGGAAUGCAAGGAGCAGAUAUCGUCAUGGGCGGACUAGGACCAAGUGGAAGCUACUUCCAAGACUAUCAUGCCACUGGGAACUCCAUGCCUUUGGUGGACAAGCAGCAGAGCUACACUCUCCUCUCCGUAAUUGAAAGUGAAGGUCAAACCAUCAUGACCUUUAAGAGGGCGAUUCAGUCGUGUGAUGAGCAAGACUUCCGCAUCACUGCUCAGGCCGCUAAAGUGAUCUAUGCGUAUGGAACGACAGAUGACAUCCAAUAUCAUGCAUCCCGUAGAGGAACCAAGGAAGUCAACCUGCUGAACUACAUGCCCAAGUCAACGAUAACAGGCCCCAACUACUUCAUGGCCAGGGUGGAUAAUAUCUCUGUCCCACAAAAUCAUACCUACUACCACUGCAAGGUCAUGAAGCUUCCAACCUUAAUUAAAAAACAUCACAUAUAUCUGGUUGAACCAGAGAUUGAGCACCCUGACAUCGUUCACCACAUGCUGCUGUACGGCUGCCCCUCCUUUGUGACAGAACCGUAUGACAACCCGUGCUUCAUUGGCGACAUUGGUGACGCCUGCUUCCACACUGUGGCCUCAUGGGCAGUGGGAGGAGGGGUGUUCGCGCUUCCAGAAAAUGUGGGGUUGCCUAUUGGAGGGGAGGAGAGUGAUGUUUUUUACAGGCUGGAAAUCCACUACAAUAAUCCAAAUGGAGUAAAAGGAAGGACAGACAGCUCAGGACUAAAACUGUAUUAUACAGACCAGCUCCGGCAGUAUGAUGGGGCCACCUUGACUACAGGUGUGCUGCAAUUUCAGAACAUGGAGUAUAUAAUCCCCCCAAAAGCCACUAAUUUCCACACCUACGGCGUGUGUAACACCAAUGUCUUCUCUCAGCUUUUGAAUCCUCUUCCUGACCUUCAAGUGUUCGCUGUGAUGCUGCACACUCACUUGGCUGGGAGGAAAGUCAGAGUUGGUCACUAUAGAGAUGGAGUGCAGAUAGACUUCUUGGCUUUGAUUGAAAACUACAACUUUGAGUAUCAGGAGAUAAUCAGUUUGGGAAGCACAAAGACCAUCAAGUCGGGCGAUGAGAUCGUAGUGGAGUGCACCUACAGUACGAGCACCCGCACCAAGACCACUAAAAUGGGGCUAGGAACUACUGAUGAAAUGUGUCUGGCCUUCCUCCUCUAUUACCCUGCAAUCAAGAUCAGCUCAUGCAUCAGCCACCCAAAUACAAUGCAUCCAUCACUGAGCACCAGCAACCAGAUGAUUCAGGGAACCACAACUUUAAGCGAGGAGGAAAUUGUUGAGUAUGAGCAUUUGCUAAAGACCGUACCACAAUUUCAGUUGGUCACGGAUGUCGAGAGUAACUUCUCAUUCGAUAAAAAUGGCAUUAUCAGAGACAUGAAGACCACACCAACUGUCAUUUGUCAGAACACCAAUAGGUCAAGCAGACUCUGCACUACCUGGAUCAUGAGCGCAGCAGGAAUCCUACUUUUCUUAAUUGCAAUAAUGUAGAUGAUUGAAUAAACAACAGAGCCACACCAUCACAAUCUUGGCACGGGUGAUACAUUUUAGUUCUCUACUAUCCACUUAAAUAUUCAGCUUAGACAUGUGAUGUAGAAUGUUCUUUGUUUUGAUUGACGCUGUUUUAGCAUAUCUUACCUCUUUGAUAUUCAUUAUUGGACAACAAAUGCAACUGUCAUUUUAAUGAUGACCCAUAUGUACAUUGUUGGCUAACUGUUAAGUCUGUUUUAUAGAGGCACAAAAAGCGUCACCAAACUACUGCACUCUCAGUUUAGAUUUUUUAAAAGUAGUUUACCUACAUUAUUUAGACUAAGAUCAAAUGAAUUCCUGAACAACUUUAGCACUAUACACCUUAAUAUUAAAGUAGCUAAAUAAUAGUUAGACAUUUAUAAUGAUUUUAUUUAAACCUGUUAUAUAUACAAGCAGAUACACAAUUUAAUUUUCCUCAUUCUGUCAAUAUAUGCAAUGAUUAUGUAUGCAUUUUUGACACUUGCACGUACGCACUUAUCUGUCCCUCUGUUGUGUUGUUUACAUGCACUAUGAGCCUUAUUCCUUAUUUUGUUAUAAUAGUUGGAAAAAGCCAAUCAUUUGAUACAUCUUACUUAAUAAAGUAUAUCCAAAAUGACA